AUGCUAGUAUUUGGUUACUGGGCGUCUGAUGCCUACCGCCAAGAACGAGCUAAGCUGAAAUAUGCCAACCCGAAGUACAUAAAGGAUCCAGUUGUAUUUACUGGCAGAAGAAACAGAAAUUCUCCAUACCAGACCAAUAUGAGUUGUACUAUAUUAGUACCUUUUGGAAAUAAUGUUAGCUUCGCGACAACAUUUACAAUGGUGUCAGGUGGAGACUUCAGACUCGUAACAAAAGCGUGUGACUGCAGUAAAUCAAAAUGGAUACACGAUUUCAUGCAAUCCUAUACAAAUUUGACACUUCGGAAGUGCCCGUAUCCUCCUGGAAGGUACGCGUAUUACAACAUAGAGCUACCACCCAAGAACAUUCCCCUGCCAAUAGUACAAGGUGACUACUGGAUUAAAUUCGAGUUCUUCGUGACUGACACAAAGGAGCCUAUUGUUGAGGUCGACUCAUUAUUGCACUACGACCCUACAGCCAAUGCUAAGAGAUCGAAGGGAAGAAAGGGUAAACAUUAA